UCCCAGAGUCGGUGACCCGUUGCUUAAGAUCGAAGAAGAAAGUUACGUUCUCCCCACAUUUUCAAUAUUCAAAACUACAACGGCUAUAUUCUCGACUCCCCCUUCUCACUUGUCUCUGAAACAAAAGCCCAUCUUCUCUCUUUUGUCUCAAAACACAUAACAACAGCUAUGGAGAACAACGAAUCUGUGCCAAAUCGCGUUGUGGGCCCUGGCGAGGAUGACACAUGUGCUAUAUGCUCAAAGCUGUUUCGAUUCAGGGACAUCGUAUCUGUGGUAGGAAAGGAGCAGCCGCACAUAUUUCAUUUUGAUUGCUACGGCUAUGGUGUGGAAGUGACGCAAUUGCUUGAUGACGAUGACCAUGGAAGAACGGGGACAUCAGCCCGUUGCCCUCUCUGCAGAGAAAAGAUCAAUUAUGGAGACUAUCUUACUUAUUUACAUCUCGAGGAGGGUUUAACACGGCUCCGCGUCGACCAGUAUCCACCUCCACCACCACCACCGCGUCGUCUCCCACCAGUGCCUGCCGGAGAUCAGCCUCCACCACCUCCACCUCCACCUCCGCCCCCGCCGCCGCCUGAUGGAGACGACGAUGCUGAGAUGUUUGAAGAUGCCUUUACAGGGCCAGCCCGGGGCGACAACCCAACAACAUCUUCCCACACGUUGGACGUAAGCGAGGGAUUUGAAUCUCCUAUGAGCCCUACUUGGCCAUCAACAACAACAAGUCACAUCAAAUUCCUGAGGCGGGACUCAUCAAAAUCUGCCCAACAGCUUGCGUCUCAGUAUGAUACUUUGCAUGAUACUGAUCUGUCAUCUUUCAUCAACAAGAUUCAUAUCUGGCUCAAUCAAUUGAGGUAUGUUGCAGCAGGCAGUAGACCCCUUUUUAAAACAUACAAUGGCACCUAUAAAAAUACUACAGCACCAGCCCAGAAGAACAUCCAGGAAGCUCUCAACUGUGCCGGGCUUGGGUCACAGAUCAAAGCCACUGUGCUCUUCAAUGCUGUCAUCUACUUCUCCCCUGCCUCAGACCCAGUUCCAUCCACGGGAGACUUCCAGCUGGAAAUUAAAGAUAAUGCGAUUGAGAUAAUCCAAUACCCAUACACCAGUGAUGCUCCAUUCACUGUCAACAUCUACCCUUUCCUCUGCCUGUAUGGAAGUGCCUAUCUCCCUUUUGAAUUUGCUUUCUUUGAAGCAAACAUUGACACCGUUGAUUGGUCUUUAACCAAAGCUGGGUUCCCUGAAAUGAAUAUCAUAGUUGGAGAGGCGGGUUGGUCAACUGAUGGGGUUGUAAAUGCCAAUAUCCCAAGUGCCGAAAGGUUUCAUCAGGGAAUGCUUGAACAUGCCUUGAGCGGAAAUGGAACUCCAGCUAGGGAAGGCAUGAUUGAUGUUUACCUUUACAGCCACAUUGAUGAAAAUGCUAAAAGCAUUGCUCCCGGCUGCUUUGAGAGGGACUGGGGCCUGUUCGAGUUCGAUGGGAAGCUGAAAUACGAGUUGGAUUUGUCGGGUUCAGUGCAGAAUAAGGGAAUUGUAGCCGUGGAAGGGAUGUUCAAAAGGUGGUGUGUGCUGAAUCCAGAUGCUAAAGAUUUGUAUGGCUUGCCAAGUAGCGUUGACUAUGCUUGUGGUCUUUCAGAUUGUACUGCAUUGGGUUAUGGUUCUUCUUGCAAUAACCAUAGUGUUUCUGUGGCGUGAAGCUCAGAGCUGGCAUUAGGAAGCCUGCUUGGCGUUUCUGUUCGUCUGCCAUUUAGUUGCCUUAAUUCUCUGUUGUGAUCUUCUUGUCUAAAAUGUUUGGUUAUACACAUAGCCAUAUAGGUAAUCUUCUAUACAAGGUCUACAGGCACAGUAAUGUAGCCCUUAUACAUGCGCAAGCAUUUUCUGUAUCCGUAAAAUAGUGUGGAAGAACAAUGCAAUUUCUCUUUGCUGUAAGACUAAACUGAGAAAAUAGAUUUUACUUUCGA